AUGGAUCUGCUCUCCAGCAUUCGCAAGUCCGGCUCCCGAGGUGGCGUCAACUUCAGUUGGGACGAGGUCGCAAACUCCUCCCACCGCGAAAACUAUCUCGGCCACAGUCUCAAGGCACCCGUCGGGCGAUGGCAAAAGGGCCGCGAUCUCAACUGGUACGCCAAAGCAGACUCGGCGGCCGAGGACGGCUCCAACGAAACCGAAGAGGAGCGCGAAGCGAGGCUGCGAAAGGAGGAGCUGCGCAAAAUCAAAGAGGCUGAAGAGGAUGCUAUUGCACUGGCACUUGGUCUUCCUGUCCCAGUGCGAAACACCUCGGGUGCGAACGCUGUCGAGGUUGGUGCCCAGAGACAGAUUGGCCCGGCUAGCAUGCCACCACCCGACGCCGAUGAAGACGCCGACGAGAAGAAGGAACGAUCACGACGGCACGGCGAUUCCGACAGGCGAGAAAGACGACGACAUAGGAGCGGAAGCCGUAGCCGGGAUCAUGAUCGGGACCGAGAGCGGAGGCACAGGAGGCACAGGCGCAGCCGUAGUCGCGACAGGGAAGGUGGCAGAGAUAGGGGUAGAGAUGGGAGAAGAGACGAGAGAAGAGACGAGAGAAAAGAUGAGAGAAGAGACGAGAGAAAAGAUGAGAGAAGAGUCGAAGGCAGAGUCGAGGGCAGAGACCGGGACGCUGACAACAAGAACCGAGGCCGUGAUGGAGGCGAGCGUCGACGGAGGGACAGGAGCAGAGACCGCCAUCGGUCGAGAUCCAGGGAGCACCGCAGGCGGAGUGGUAGCCCCAAACCUCGUCGUAAUGAUUGA